CUUGCUUUUGUUUCGCACAUCACUCCUUCCGUUCAAUUCCUGUAAUAACACACCAUUAAAACAGAUAAAAACUUAUAGCAAUCAUAUUAAAACGUUUUUACAGUAAAAAGUAAAAAUAUUUUUAGGAUUUGUAUAAGCAAUAACUAAAUUUUAUGUCGUAUGCAUGUAAAGGCUACACUAUAAGAAUCAAAUACAAUAUGGAUGUCCAGAAAGUAGAAGAAGUUUAUGAUCAACAUUUAAGAAUAAACAAAACUUUACAAAUACACUCCGGAUUGUGGCCAUAUAGACCAAUCAAAGAAAAAUUAAUUCGUAGAACAAUAGUGUUCAUAAUGAUGGCUAUAUUCAUUUUCCCCCAUAUAAAUGGGAUGAGAACGUGGUGUGGCAAGAAUAUGGAUUUAGUUUUAUGCGGAGAAAACUUCGAAGGUGUAUUAUAUUUGGGUGUAGUAACACUUAAAUAUUACGUUACGAUUUUGAGCGAACCUAGGAUAAUGCAAAUACACAAACAAAUCGCAAAAAAUUGGUCAACUUUAACAGACAGUGAAGAACAAUCAAUUUUAAUCAAGCAUUCUAAACAAGGCAAAAUAGUAACAAUUCUUUAUUUAGUUUACUUGUAUGCCGCAGGAUUUGCUUUCUCUCAAGUGUCAAUGGUGCCUGUGAUUCUUGAUUAUAUUUGGCCAUUAAAUGAGUCCCGACCAAAAAUUCUUAUUGUACAUGCAGAAUAUAUUAUUGACCCAUUACAGUAUUAUUUUGAGCUUUAUGGAGCAUAUUGUAUAUUGACAUUUGUAAACUUGACUGUGCUAAUAAGUAUUGAUACUGCAUUCUCAUCAAUAGUUUAUCAAAAUCUCGGAGUAUUCUCUAUCGUUAAGAAUCGGUUGAAUGCUGUCACAAAACGUCCGAAUGAAAAAAAAGAUAAUGCUUAUGAGUUGAUCGUUGGUGCUAUUCGGUUGCAUAAUAGUGCUUUACAGUUUAAUGAUCUCAUUGAAAUGUCUUACCGCAAAACGUUUCUUAUUAUUUUGGGAUACACAAUACUAUUUCUAAGUGUUGGAGGUGUUAUACUUAUAGAACAAACGAACAUAAUGCAAUUUAUUAGAUUAGCAAUGAUAGAAGUUGGUGUAAUGAUUCACUUGUUAUAUUUAAGUUAUCCAGGACAAAAAGUUUUAGAUUACAGUUCCAGCAUUUGUCAGGAAUCGUAUACGAAUGAAUGGUAUUUGAUAUCAAAGAAAUCUAAAAUUUUAUUAAAAUUUAUGAUGUUACGAUGUAUUAAACCGUCUGUCUUAACCGCUGGAGGAUUAUACAUUAUGAACUACGAAAAUUAUGGCAUUAUAAUCAAAACUGCUAUGUCUUAUGUAGCUGUCUUAGCUUCAUUUCGUUAACAAGAAAGCAGUUUAAAAAGUAUAUAUGCUUUUCUUAUAUUAUCUCAAUAAAAUAAGAAUGUUGCUUCGCAACACAAUUCAUAUUGUAAUAAUUUACAAUAUUAUAUUAAUGCCCAAAAAAUAUUCACACAAAAAUACAGCACACGACACACAUAUUUUUCUCAAAAACUGACAGAUGAACUGUCCUAUUUGAAUAAAAACAACAGGGCGUUUUUAAUUUCCUGACAGACCUUUUUCUUUCUUGAAACAAAUAAUUUUCAACGAUCAACCAUCCAAACAUCUGCGUUCAAGAUGACAGUUUUUCCACGACAGACGUGAACCAAUGGACUUUUCUUCAAAAGCAGCGCAAACUAUGUCUUUCUGGCAAUCAUAAAAAUUAACGAUCGCAGCAGACUACCAAUCAAAACGCCCACUCCAUGCGCGUGUUGGGAAAAUAUAUUUGAACUCUAUAUUCAAUCUUCAUAAUUUGUUU